AUGCCCAAACUCAAAUUUCAAAGAUUAGCUGAUAAGGAGGAGGCCGAUAUUGGACUGGAUGACUUUAAUGUUGAAAACGAAUGGCUGGAUGUGGGACUUUAUAGUCCCAAAAAGUCAAAACCACGGCACCGUCCAUUCAAGCCAAUUACCAUGUUGAUGGCUGGUGCUUGCACGUCUCUAAUCGUCAUAUCCGGGAUUUACAUACUGUUUGCGACGAGACCAACGCCUUCUUCCUCAAUCGUCAAUAACAAUACCACUACUACCACCAGCAUCCCAAUACCACCUGUAGCUCAACGUAGACCGACCACCAUCAUCGUAGGAAACGAUACAGUAGUGCAUGACGACUAUGGAUGGCUUAAAUUCCGGAAUGAUGUAUCUGUUACUAGCUACAUCCAGGCAGAGAACGAUUAUACAACGUCAAUGAUGGCUUCUACUGUUAGCCUGCAACAGAAGCUAGUCAGUGAGCUACAGGGUUGGAAGGCUCAGAGUAGUUACUCAUCUCUGCCGUGUGGCGUGAAGAGUACUUCUGUAUGGGAGGCCGGAGAGUACGUGUAUUGGAUUAGUGAGGAUGGAAGCUAUAUGAGGAAAGCAUUGCCGGCGAACUCGUCAUGCUCUUGUCCAUAUCCUGAUACUGGGAACUCGGAACUAGUGUUGAAUCCUGCCACCAUUCCACACAACACAUCCUCAUAUUUCAGUAUGGGUAUCUUUGAAGUCACCUCAUUGAAUCUGUUGGCCUACUCGGUAGAUCUAGUCGGCAAUGAAGCUUACACCAUUCACCUAGUCAAUUUGACUUCUCAUGAACGUAUGGGACCAGACAUCCACGAUACCUAUUACAGCGUUCGAUGGUUUAGAGAGAUUGAUCCUGCUGCAGGAGAAAGGGAUGUGAUUUAUUAUAACGUUAUGGAUUCUCUGUUGGGUAUCCCGAAUCGUAUAUACCGGUAUAAUUUGGACGGAAUCACGCGAGGAACAGGUAGAAUGCAAGGAGAAGAGUUAGUGUAUUAUGAACCAGAUUACAGGUAUACCGCUGAAGUGGAUUCUACUAAUGAUGGUCGGUACAUCUUGAUCAAAGUUAGUAAUCUCAUUACAUCUGAGAUACGAAUACGAGGACAAACUUCAUCCAUCUUUCAAACGGUGUUUACGCGACAAGAAGGAGUCAAAUACGAUAUAGAACACCGAAACGGAUACUUGUACAUUCGUACCAAUGCCGGCAACGCAACAGAAUAUCAAGUCAUUAGAGUACCUGUAGCUGAUGUACUUGCUGGACACCAGCCUCCAUAUCUGUCUAUGGUGCUGGCGACUGCACAAGUAGUACUAGCGCAUAAUUCCAGUCAAUUCAUUGAACGAAUCGAAGUAUUUUCACAGCAUAUGGUAGCUUGGGUGUGGGUUUCAGGACUACGAUCGAUGGUUAUAGUAGAUUUGGAAUCAUUAGCAGCGACUCGAGUUGCAUUUGCCUCUCAGAAUCCUGCUACUCAAGUGUACUCCGUGAUGCCAUCAAGUAUAACAGAUAUGGAAUCGAGAUUGUAUAGACGAUACAAUACGUCUUGCCUUUCGUAUUCCAAUUCAUCGUAUCUACAGCCUCGUAAUAUAUACACACUCGAUCUGAACCAAACUGGUAUUCCUCAUACACUCAUUGCGCAAGAUAUCGUAACAGGGUAUAAUCUGUCAGACUAUGCCCAAGAUAGAUUCUUUACCACCAGUGCAGUCAAAGUCCCUGUUUCCUUACUCCGCAAACGUAAAAUCGGCACCUCAGAUUCAGUAGACAUUACUCUAUACAAAGCACGACCAUUGCUCAUGCUGGCAUAUGGUGCUUAUGGUAGCUUCAUAGAAACAGCAUUCACACAGGACUAUUUCCCAUUACUUGAUCGUGGUGUUAUCAUUGCACUGUGUCAUCCUCGUGGUGAUGGCGAUAUGGGAGCCAAAUGGUAUGAGGAUGGCCGACGAGUGAACAAGACAAACACAUUUGUGGAUGUGCAUUCGUGUUUGAAUGAGGUUGUUGCGAGAGGGAUGACAGAGCCUGGGUUGAUUGCGCUUAAAGGAAGGAGCGCUGGUGGAUUGGUUGCAGGAGUCGCAGUAAACGAAUGGGGUUACACACCUAAUGCUGAAUCUGGCCACAUCGUCAAAGCAGUAGUGGCUCAAGUGCCCUUUAUAGACGUCCUAGGUGACUUGGCUGAUGAAGCAGUACCAUGGACGCCAUACGAAUGGAGUGAAUGGGGAAACCCCAACAAUCCAAGUGAUUUAUCGAUUCAAUUACAAUACUCGCCAUACGAGAACAUUGUCAAUGGAUCUACACUUCCGGCACUGUAUGUUUCUACUGGGAUGAAUGAUGGGCGUGUGCCUUACUAUGAGCCUGUCAAGUGGAUUGCGAAACUUCGAACAACACAAGAGACAGUCCCAACAAAUGGGGUAUGUCGUAGCAACACCACUAGCAUGGACGAUGCCAGACCAUUAUUAUUGAGAGUUGACGCAGCUGGACAUUUUGGAGGCAGUGGUGAUGUGAGAAUAGCUGCUCUUGCAGAAUGGUACGCAUUUGUACUCUGCCAGCUCAAUGUCGCAGAUUGUGCUUCAUAUAAUGAUGUGCAAGCCAAUGCUACCCCACUUGUUGCGAUGGGAAUCAAAAAGCUAACUUUCAUCAACUCCAACAAUUUCAGCAUGGAACGACGAAUAAUCGGACCAAGGACUCCUACGAGACGGCCUCAACCAUUUGGAUCUAUAUCUGGAACAGAUUCAACUACUACUAGUAAUAGCAGUGUUGGAAGCUCCGUAACUCCAAACGGCGCAAAUCAUCAACAUCAAAACAUCAUGUCCCCAGAUUGGACUCAAAUACAGGAGCAAACUCCACCGCCAUCUGCCAACGUGUCGCUCAUACACCAAGCGCACAUCGUGUCGCCAUUAUUUGAGGAACACAUGUAUAGUGCUGAUGCCGUAAAGGACUCGCAAUCACCGUUUCCCGAUCUCGUCGCAGAUGCACUCCUUCAGGACUUGCUGCGGCAUAGUAAUAGGAGUAACAGUAGCAGUAACAGGAGAAAUAGUUUAUAUAACGAGCGGUUUACUGGUAAUCCAGCAUACUCUGAAAGUAACGACUCGGUACUAUCGACGACAGAUUUGGAGAGCGUCGAUGCUCUAAACGAUGUUUACGACGGUAUAUUUGAGGCCCGGCCGGCCAGUGAUACAAUAUACGAUGCCGGCAAUGAUCCGAUACAGCAGCUGUAUCCGGAUCUUGAUAUGUAUCACGAUCCAGUAGAAGACGAAUUCGACUCGUCGUCAUCACCACCGUUAACACCGUCUAUUGAGACUGUAGAAGCUCCCACCUCACCAUCGGAUUCCCUGUCUGAUGAUAUAGAACCACUAGUAAUGGAGUUUGACGAGAGUGAUAUUAUAGAAGGUCGACGGGCUAUAUACCAUUCAGCUUUGAAUCCGUUAGGAACGCCUUACAAGGCUGCCAACGCACGCAGGUUGCUGUUUCAUGGUCCGCCAUCUCCUGAAACCCAGACGUCAGCAUCGGCCAGUAAUCGUCGAACAUGGUCCAACGAAUUCCGAAUGGCGAGAGUCUUGCAGAGUAGUUUUGCUCUUGAACAAGGUGUCGCUGAACUCGAACAGGAAAUAUCCGCAAUGUCGAAUCAAAUCGAUGCUCUCAAACUACGGCAGCAUACUGAACCCGUUGUCAUUGGCACCCAAUCUCUGACCCCUAGCAUAAUACCCACCACUAGCACGAAUGACACCAACAAUAGCAUAAAUCAGCACCCUUCUCGUGAAAAAAUCAAGGCCUUAUUACGAGGGCAACUGCAACGAGUGUUGAUAUCUGGAUUGGAUAUAUCGCGUGGAUUUAAUGAACAUUCUGAAUCUGGGUUGUCGUCUUUGGAAUGUCGGGCAUUCGAUGAUGUGGUGCAGUCGCAUAUUGCGACUGUUGGACUCUGUCUGAAACUGUUUGAUAAAAUGUAG